AUGGAGAAUGACGAGUACGAUGACGUUUUUGCUGGGCAGUUCGGAUUUAACCUAACGCUCAUUCACAAACUGUUAGCCGAGCUUAAUCUCACCAGUAUAAGGGAUUUCGUCGACCACUUCGAACUGGAAUUUCCGACUGUCCUACACGAACUUUCUCCGUAUUCCAAGAUAGCACUGGGAAUUUUCUAUUCGUUAGUGUUUUUGCUCGCUGUCAUUGGCAACACUUUGGUGAUCAUGGCCGUUGUAUCAAAUAAAACCAUGCACACUGUGACAAACGUGUUCAUAGUAUCUUUAGCUAUUUCAAACUUUAUGAUCGCAGUGUUCUGUAUUCCCUUCACGUUUAUCGAGGCUAUCACCGCAGAAUGGGUCCUAGGAACAGUGAUGUGUAAGAUACUUCCUUAUAUAACGACAGUCUCCGUCACAUCCAAUAUACUUACACUUACUUGUAUUGCCAUCAAUCGUUACUACGCCGUGUGCUUCCCCCUGCAGAACAAAGUGAAAAUGACAUCAGGUCGCGCUAUACUCAUGGCAGCAUUCAUUUGGGUUGUUGCUAUGAUAGCUAUGUCACCGCAGUUAUUUGUUUUACAGACAAAUGUAAUCACGGACGUGAUCUGGGACCGGGAGUACACAAUAUGUACAGAGGUGUGGCCCAACCAACAACAGAAGAAGAUGUUCACAUUUUUCAUUGUUGGGACAUUUUACAUUUUACAAAUAGGGGUCAUGAUUGGGCUUUAUUCCCGAAUUGGACAUAGACUUUGGGCGAGAAAUGCUGUUGGACCUUCGCAGAUUCUGCCUGAAUAUCUAGCUGCCUCGAUGAGAAGAAAGCGACGAGCCACCUUGAUGCUUAUAUUAGUGGUGGUACUUUUUGCUGUAUGCUGGGCCCCAUUCCAUAUUGUCAGCGUUAUCAGAGAAUUCCCACCCCUUCCAGAUAAUGAGACAAACCGGCUAAUGUUAGCAAUUGUUCAAUUGGUGGCUUUCUGUGAUAGCUGUAUCAACCCUUUUAUUUACGCUUUUUUGAAUGAAAGUUUUCGACGACGAUUCAUCUCCUCACUCAGAUGCAAAAAACGACAGAGAAAGAAAAUUCUUGUCCAGGCACAGAAACAAGUUUACACUAAGAAUAUUUACAUUGCUGAAAGCAUUAUCUAA